AUGGAUGACUAAAAACAAAAACUUUUUGAUUCAGCAUAGACAUUCGAUUAGGUAUAGGGUUUGAGAUACAUCGACUCAAUAUUAACAGAAGAAGAGGAGGUUUUCAUAUUCAAAGAAAUAUAUCAGAAUGAGUGGAAUACACAAUUAAAAAGGAGAACUUAACAUUAUGGAUACAAGUAUGAUUAUUCUAUAAAAUCUAUUGAUAAAAAUAUGUUUUUAGGAGUGCUACCUAAGUACGCAAUCAAUUUCUGCUAAAGACUGAUAGAUGAUAAAGUUAUAAAAGUUAUGCCAGAUUAAAUGAUUAUUAACGAGUAUUUACCAGGUUAGGGUAUCAAUCCACAUAUUGAUAAGACUGAUAUUUUUGGUGAAACAAUCUUUUCUGUAUCACUUGGAUCUGGCUGCAUAAUGAAAUUAACUUAUGGUGAGACAGAAAUUGAUUUAUACCUGAAAAGAAGAAGUAUACUGAUCUUAGAAGAUAAAGCAAGAUAUUUAUUUAAGCAUUCAAUUCCUUCUAGAAAAUCAGACAAAAUAGAUGGAAAGACUAUUUAGAGGAGUACAAGAGUUUCUUUGACUUUCAGAAAAGCUUUAGUUGAUGCUUGA